CUACAGAUUUGGCUGUAACUGGACAGUUGGGUACACUGCAACACUACACUCACAUCACCCAUUCAUCCACUCCUAGAUUGUGUUGUGGUGGAUAUUGGAUAAGCUCCAAACCCAAAUAAUUGCACUUCCCAUAUAUGUCCACACACUCUUCACUCUACUAAUUCACCCAUCUUCCAUGGCUCUAUCCAUUGCUUCCACUGCACUUCCAAACAUUCCCCUCAGACAGAUACAUAAGCAAAAUUGGGUUUCUGGGCAGGCAAAAACAUGCAUAAUGUUGUCAUCAAGAACAUGGCGUUUGAAUGCUGGUAAAGAGGUUUCAAGUGUUUGUGAACCUCUUCCUCCUGAUAGGCCUCUUUGGUUCCCUGGUAGUUCUCCUCCUGAAUGGCUUGAUGGCAGUCUUCCUGGAGAUUUUGGUUUCGACCCACUGGGAUUAGGGUCUGAUCCAGAGCUGCUGAAAUGGUUUGCGCAAGCGGAGCUGAUGCACGGCAGAUGGGCAAUGCUAGCGGUGGCCGGAAUACUGAUCCCGGAGUGGCUGGAGGGGCUGGGGUUCAUCGAUAACUACUCAUGGUACGACGCCGGCGCCAGAGAGUAUUUCGCGGACCCGACGACUCUAUUCGUGGUGCAGAUGGCGUUGAUGGGGUGGGCGGAGGGGCGGCGAUGGGCGGAUAUAAUCAAGCCAGGUUGCGUCGACGUGGAGCCGACGGUGCCGCACAAGAAAAAGCCGAAGCGGGACGUUGGGUACCCUGGCGGGCUGUGGUUUGACCCGUUUAUGUGGGGGAGAGGCUCGCCGGAGCCGGUGAUGGUGCUGAGAACCAAGGAGAUCAAGAAUGGCCGGCUGGCUAUGCUGGCAUUUCUGGGGUUCUGUUUCCAGGCCAUUUAUACUAAACAGGGGCCUAUUGAGAACCUCAUGUUCCACCUUGCUGAUCCUGGCCACAACAAUAUCUUCUCUGCUUUCACCUCACACUGAUGUUUUCAUGUUUUGAGGGGUAUGAGAAGUAUAGAAAGAUCAAGAUGAGACAGACAGAUAAACUGAAAGAAAUAUAGACUUUGUUGAAUCAAGACUUUUCACUGGAUUAAUUUUUUUUUUUUUUUUUUUUUGUAUUUUCAAUGACUGGGACUAAAAGGACAACAGAAGAGAAGAUUUCUCACUCAAAUCUUGUGUUUCUUCA